AUGGAUCUGCUUCAAAGCUAUACCACGAGCAGUUCUUCAUCUGAUUCGCAAAACAGCGAGUUAGGUAGGAGGGAUAUUCGGAAGGUGUAUUUAAUCACAUAUAGCCAAGCCAACACAAAAAAUUCCAACGCGGAAGUCCUUCGCUGAAGCAGUAAUAAAGGCAUUCAAUAGCGGUUCUGCGAAAGUUGCAAUUGUCCACUGGUGUUUCUCACAAGAAUCGCACAAGAAGUCGGGAGUGCACUAUCAUAUGUGUUUAAAGCUAGACAGAAAUCAGCGGUGGCUACGGGCUAAGACGUUUCUCCAUAAAAAUUAUGGCAUUUCUGCCCAUUUCUCGAGCGUUCAUGCAAAUUAUUACACAGCUUGGAAGUAUGUGACCAAAGAGGAUAGGCACUCAGUUGAAAGUGAAGGACAUCCUGAUUUAAACGACAGCGAAGGACCGUCGACCUCGAAAGCGCAUAUGGCAAAUCGUAAUCGAAGAAUCAAACGAGUUUGCAAAAGGCAGUUUGUAGAAGAGGACACUGACACCUUUCUAGAACAAAGUGACGGCGAUAAUCCAGAAGAAAGCAAAUCGAAACAAAGCGGAAAAAAGCGAAAGCGCUUGAGUGCAUACGAAGUUUCUGAAAUAAUUUUGAGCAAAGGCCUUCGAAAUCGAACGGAACUAUUAGCUUUUUCUAACCAGCAAAGAUAG